AUGCGGUUAAAAGAUAUAGUUACGUGGGUCCACAACAUUUUCGGCGGACCGAUUAUUGCCGAUGAUAGGAGUUCGCACUCAUGCCAACGAUGUAUCUAUACCAUGAUAUUAAUUACCAUUAGUUGCGGUUCAUUCAUAUUGUGCAUGUUCGAUAUACGAAACAUGCUUUACCCACAAGAUUUAGUGUUGAGUGUGAUCGACCUUUUAACGCUUAUCGGUAUUGCGUUUACUGUAUUCACAAUAUAUGUUUCUUCGUUAACUAAAUUCUUUCACAAACCGAAGGCUCACAUUUUGCAAUGCCUGAAUGACCUCGAUGCAGUAUUGUAUACAGUCAAUAUGCAUGAAGAUCCCUCUCAAAUACUUCCAAUGCAUUGUGCAUUUAGCAUCGGAUGCACGGUUUUUGUUGCUGUUGCGUUGGUCCUGGUGGAUGUAUUUCGAAGCAAUAAUUUUAAUGCUAUGGUGUCAGCAUUCAAAGUUCACGGAUUAUUUGUGAUUUUUCUAACACACGGGCUGUUUUUGGUGAUAAGUUACCAUAUAUGGAAGCGAAUGCGGUACAUGGGGUUACACUUGGAGAAAAUGAUUGAAAUCGCAAACCGCCGCAAAGAGCAACCCACCAAGAAUUGGGAGAAUUCAAAUAUUCGAUUUUGCAGAGGAAUCAAAUCGUUAGCCAUUGCUCAAAUACACUGUUUUGAAACAGUUAACUGUUUGAAUGAUGAAUAUGGCCUACAAAAUGUGACUGUGUUCGGGAUAUUUUUUUUCAUUCUGACGGCAAAAAGCUUUCACUUGUUCUAUGUUUGUUCUGUGCAGUUUAAACAAAAAGGAUUGACCAUCAUCGAUACGUUAGAACCGGGACUAAUGAUCGUGGUAGUGUUUUUCUACUUCUUUGCUACAACCUAUGUGGGUGAAAUGGUUAUAAGAGAGGCACAGCUGGUCUUAAAUAAUCUGCACAAAAUUGAAUCCAUCCAACCGUCAGGACAUCGAAAAACGAACUAUUCACUAGACAUCGAAUCGGAGUUGGUUGAGCAGUUCGGUAACCAGAUCCUACACCAGCCUAUUUCAUUCACUGUUAUGAAUUUCUUUCAAGUUGAUCUGAAGUUUUUUCAUCUGGUCAUGGCUUCGAUCGCAACAUAUCUCAUCAUAUUGCUUCAAUUUGACUUUCAAAACUAA